ACUUCCAUAUAAAUACAGUAAAAUAAUAUAACAUUUACAAAGGUUUCACUUGACUAUCUAUUAUUACAAAAGCAUUUUUAUGAGUCAUUAUUAGUGUAGUAUUAGUGGGAAUAACAUCAGGGAUUUAACAAAUCUCUCAGCGGCAAAAUACAUCUGACGUUUCCACUCGUCAUUACAGUUAGAUGUCUGAAAUCGCAAAUUAACUUGUAAUAUCUUUAGUUUAACAAUUAAUAAGAAUCGUGUAAUUAAGAGAAGUCAUAAUUAUUAUCUUAAAUUAAAAAAAGUUUUACUAAUCGAUUUUGUCCCAAAUAUUGCUUUCUGUAAGUCGUGACACGUCUCUUCGAUAUGUAUCUAUACUGAAACAUUAAAAGAUAUAAAAUAUUGAAAACAAACACACAGAGAAGUUACUGUUACUCUUGUAAAAUUACACGCAAUUUAACUGACUGCAUGAGCUGCUGCGCAGCCGCAGAAUCAGAAGCCAUUAGCCGUUGGACGAGACAUCUACGUCACUUCCUUUAUCCGCAUUAGGCGCUUUAGUUGUUUUUUUUGCUAAGCUAGCAAGCUGUUAAGUGCGCGAAUUCGUAAAUAUGGUGGAUUUACUAACUUUUAAAAAGGAGCUCACGCUAAUCGUGAAUAACCUCGCCAAGGCGGUGGUGACGGAGAUUUUCACAGCGGCGGAGAAAGUGUCUUUGAAUAAACAAAAUCCCGAAACGGAGGAGAAACUCGGCACUCUGGUGGACAGCUUGUGUGUCGAAGCUGUUGAUAAAAUCCUGAAGAUGGUCGAGGGGGCUGCUGGGAAGCAGGCGGAGACUCCGGGAGACCUGAAGGAUCCACCUGAGUCUCAUGAGAGCAGCGAGUGUUUGAUGAAGACAACAGAAGGUGAAGACGGCGGUGGUGAGCGCCCCCCCACAGAACAGACCUACAUCCUGGUUUACGGGAGCGCUGCCGUCGACUCCAAGUGUGUGCUGGUGUCACUGGAGAGCGAUGCUAAAGCUAAUGCUAACGGUGAAAAUAAAACCUCGGAUGCGACAGGUGAAGCCAUGGCUCUGCACAGCGAGCGCUCCUCCCCCUCCCCUCCCCUGCAGGCCGACGUCCCCGACCACGAGUACGCUCGGCCGUCCUCGCCGCCGCCCGGCACCCCCUCGGCGGUGGAGGGCGGAGCCUCUGCAGCGCGCGGCAGGAAACAUUGCGCCAGCAGGCGGAAAAAAGACACGUCUCAGCGCGCAGAGACCACAGAAACUCACCACCAGUGUUUACAGUGUGGGAUGCUGUUUCCCAGCGCAGAGCGACUCUCCGACCACGAGAAGAAGUCUCACCUGGUGUGCUCGGUGUGCGGGACGCCGUUCACCGGCAUCCUGAGACUCCGUGAACACGAGAUCAAAGAGCACGGGCUGCUGCCGUACACCUGUGACUACUGCCCCAAGAGAUUCAACCACAAAGCUCACCGCAACCUGCACGUGAAGGCGCGGCACACCGGAGAGAAAACCUGCCACUGCGACAUCUGCGGGAAGGGCUACUCCUGCAUCAGCGUGCUGAAGACGCACAGGAUGACCCACUUCGAGAAGACGUUCAUCUGCGACGUCUGCGGGAAGAGCUUCUACCACGCCUGCCACCUGACGCGCCACAAACUGGUGCACCAGGAGGUCCGGCCGUACCAGUGCUCCACCUGCGGGAAGGGCUUCACCCAGGCCGCCAACCUGCGCAGCCACCAGGUGAUCCACACCGGAGAGAGGCAGCUCUGCUCCGUCUGCGGCAAGAGCUACCGCUGCCUGAAGAACCACGUCAUCAGCAAACACUCGCACGAGCUCCCCGCCGACGAGCUGCCGGCCGGAGACACCAUCAUCACCUGCGAGGUGUGCGGCAAGAAGUUCCCCAACCUGUCGCAGUUUAAAGUUCACCAGAGGAGCCACACGGGAGAGAAACCGUUCCACUGCGACAUCUGCGGGAAGAGUUACCGCCUGAAGGAGCUGCUGAGGGACCACAGGUACACCCACACCGGGGAGAAGCCGUACAGGUGCACCCUCUGCUCCAAAACCUUCAACCUGGCCACCAGCUUCAUGAGGCACCGCAGCAUCCACACCGGAGAGACGCCCUACAGCUGCCUCGACUGCGGGAAACACUUCCGCCUGCUCACCUUCCUGAAGGCUCACCUGCAGACCAAAGCUCACCUGAAGCAGACGCUGCAGAAGCCGACUGUCACCUCUGACCAGGUCUGUUCAGGGUUACAGAGACCAUGUUCGUGAACCUGCUGCUCCAGCACUCUGCUGGGGUCAGUCUGGCCUCCAGAUGUUGAACCAGCUGCAGGGAUUCGCUCCCACUCAGCCCGCAGAGCAUCAGGAUCAGGUCUGGCUCUCAGUCGGGGUUCCGGUUCAUCCCAGAGGUGCUGGAUGGGGCUGAGAUCAGAUCCUCUGGGGAAAGCUUUUCUUUACGGAGCUGCUUUGUGUCGUGUUGAAGCUGCUGUCCUUCACUGGAUCAGAGGAGACCAAACCAGGGAAGCAGCGCUUUUAUUUAGUGUUAUACUGUGUCUUGAUCUGAGAUCUGGACUUGGAUCAGUGGGACCAGAUCCACCUCGGUGAGCAGCAAACAGAAUAUAAGAGUUUGGCUUCCCGUCACGCUGAUGUCGCAGUUUUAACGUCGGCAGGCCGAACCUUCUGGUUGGUUGUUUCCGAUCGUCCUCUCUGUAAACAGCUGUUUUACACGAAUAAUCGUUUGCGUGUUUGUUUCCCUCCAGAAUCUCUGAACGUCGGACGCGAUGACAUCAAGAGGCGCUCAGCGGCUGGUUUAAACCCGCCUGCAGCGUAACUAGUGUCCCUUUAACAGAGAAAGAAACGGGAUCAAAUCGUGUUUCUGUUGUUUGGAUCAGCUGAUCAGCAGAUUAACAAUCAGCCAUCAGAGACAAACAGGAUCAUUAAAACUCCUAAAGGUGAUUAAAUCUAUUGUACAAACACAAAGGUGGGAUUAACGGUUGUAUACAUCCUUUAAUCUGACCUCCGGUCUGCGGAAAAACAGUCGUGCUGGAUUACAGAGGAGCAUCGCUUAUCGUCUGACAGCAGUAAAGUGGGAAUUAUCUGUGGAUUAAAGCGUCCGACGAAAACAGCAGAGAUUCACGUGAGUCUGACGCUGCAGCAGAUCUGGGGUCAGGACAGCAGCAGCAGAUCUGGGGUCAGGACAGCAGCAGCGGCAGAUCUGGGGUCAGGACAGCAGCAGCAGAUCUGGGGUCAGGACAGCAGCAGCGGCAGAUCUGGGGUCAGGACAGCAGCAGCAGCAGCAGAUCUGGGGUCAGGACAGCAGCAGCAGAUCUGGGGUCAGGACAGCAGCAGCAGGACAGCAGCAGCAGAUCUGGGGUCAGGACAGCAGCAGCAGCAGGACAGCAGCAGCAGAUCUGGGGUCAGGACAGCAGCAGCAGCAGCAGCAGAUCUGGGGUCAGGACAGCAGCAGCAGCAGCAGAUCUGGGGUCAGGACAGCAGCAGCAGCAGAUCUGGGGUCAGGACAGCAGCAGCAGCAGCAGAUCUGGGGUCAGGACAGCAGCAGCAGAUCUGGGGUCAGGACAGCAGCAGCAGAUCUGGGGUCAGGACAGCAGCAGCAGAUCUGGGGUCAGGACAGCAGCAGCAGAUCUGGGGUCAGGACAGCAGCAGCAGAUCUGGGGUCAGGACAGCAGCAGCGGCAGCAGAUCUGGGGUCAGGACAGCAGCAGCAGCAGCAGAUCUGGGGUCAGGACAGCAGCAGCAGCAGCAGAUCUGGGGUCAGGACAGCAGCAGCAGCAGCAGCAGCAGAUCUGGGGUCAGGACAGCAGCAGCAGAUCUGGGGUCAGGACAGCAGCAGCAGCAGCAGAUCUGGGGUCAGGACAGCAGCAGCAGAUCUGCAGCAGGACAGCUGGGGUCAGGACAGCAGCAGCAGAUCUGGGGUCAGGACAGCAGCAGCAGCAGCAGAUCUGGGGUCAGGACAGCAGCAGCAGAUCUGGGGUCAGGACAGCAGCAGCAGCAGCAGCAGCAGAUCUGGGGUCAGGACAGCAGCAGCAGAUCUGGGGUCAGGACAGCAGCAGCAGCAGCAGCAGCAGAUCUGGGGUCAGGACAGCAGCGGCUCGGGCCGAUGCUGUUUGUUUUCUGACACAAUAAAACCAAACGUUGCUUUAACGGACAGAAAGUAAAAUCUGACCCCGUGAGCUCAGACCUGCGGCGUGGCGUCAAAAUGAAUUGAUUAGUUCGCCAACAGAAACUCCUCUGAUAAUCAAUAUCAUUCUGUUUCUGCAAACUGAAUCUCAGAUUAAUUAAUAAUAAUACAUAACACCUACGCUCAGUGUCCAUAUUAUUAGGAACAGCUGAAACCAAGUCUGAUCCAACGUGAAGUUAUACUGUUCGGGUUGUAUUGAUUUAACUGAUUGAUCAUGUUGGAUGAUGACCUCACGGGCGUCCCUAAUAAACUGGACGUCUUCGGCUCAAAUCAGUUUAUUCAUCUCUGAAAGUUCAGAUGAUCUUAUGGAGCUCAGCAGUCAAACUGGAGCUCGUCUGAAGUAUGUGGAACUCGGCUGAAAGCUUAUUGAUUAUCUGACCGACUGAGCUGAGGUCAGCCUGUCGGGUCGGACACCUGUGACGUGACGUAUCCGCGCUGCAGCUUUAACGUCAAACUAAUCUGAUUCUGAAUCUGCUGCUUCAAUAAACUAAACAUAAAAUCCAGUUUGUUUGUUUUUUAUCUGCUCGUUGUUUUCUCCUGUUUGUUUUGUUGUUUUGGUAAAAUGUAUGUUUUAUAGCACAAUACAAUAUCAUCUUACAUAUUGUU